AUUGAAAAGAAAAAAAUUCCCAUCGCGUCAAUAUCUGCGAAAAAUAUUCUUUAAUUUCUUUAUAUGGCAGUUAAAUAAGAGUAAUGAUCGACAAGUUUUUGCAAUAAAUUGUUUUCUGAACAGAAUCUCUCACUCAGCAUUCUGUAACCCAAAUAUAUAGAUACGAAAUUAUAGAGAUAACACUUUCAGACCGUGUGUCCCUUACGACAAGAACGGCGAAGAACGCAUCGAACUGGCCAAAUGAUGCUUUCUACUAUAAACAACUCUUUUGAACAAGACACGCAUGAUGUUGAUGGAAACUGCGAUGGGCCAGAUUUAGAUUUUGUCUAUGCAGAUGUGGAUAGUUAUCAAAACGAAAUUGCCGAACUCUAUAGUUACACGGAAUUUUCAGAAUUCCAGCAGAAUGUGAAGGCUUUUGAAGACCAAAUGGAAAUGUAUGAUUUGCCUCCGAAUUGGCAAAAGUUAGAUGCGACAGCACAGCGCGGAAUUGUUAUGAAGUUAAUGAAUCAACUUGAAGUUUCAAAUCGUCAGUUUCGUAUGCAAGCUGCUCGAUGUAUUCUUUACUUGGCGCAGGGCUGUUGGGCAGAAGUUCAAUCCGACGAAGAGCAAUACCAGAAUACAAGAGAUAAUGUUAUAGUGCUCUACGAUCAGGGCGUGUUCACUUCAUUCAUAGAUCUAUUAAAUAUGGAGAUAGAAAGCGCAUGUUCUCCAGAUAUUGUUGCAGUUAAAAUUACCAAUGUUACAUUGGCUGAUUCUGCCGAUUUGCGAGUGAUUUUGUCUGUUUUGUAUAUCAUCACAGAAACGAUUCGUGACGAGAAAGAGAAAAACAGUGAGGAUUAUAAAAUGAUAGCUGAAAGCUUUGUACAAGAAAUUAAUAGUCCACUGUCUGAUGGAGAACUAUUGGCGGUAAAGCUUUUGGGCAUGAUUACACGAUUCUGUAGUGGUGCUGCUCCCCAUUUUCCCAUGAAAAAAGUAGUUUUGUUGCUAUGGAAGGUAUCUCUGUUAGGACUGGGUGGUAUGGAAAUAUUGAAGAAUAUUAAAAACGAAUAUCGAAUAAAGGCAGGUCUUGAACCAAUUUCUGAAGAUACAUUAGAGGUGACAAAAUGUAUGAGAGCGAGCUCACCUCCGGCCACUGCCAACGAUAUACUCGACAACCAGAAUCCAAAACGCAACGCUUUCAGACGUUCACUAAUGAAGCAACGGUUUUUGGACGAGCAGGAGCAAAUGGACAUAGAGUUGACACCGGGAAAUGAGAGUGCUCCAAAUAACUCGAAUAACGGUGGAGGUAUGGGUGGCACCAAUAACGGCGGACCUAAUAGCGGCGACGACGAUUACUAUAGGCCUUUCGAAGACCCCUCCACAACAACAGCUAAUCCGAACAAUUUGCCUAGUUAUAAUACACCCCCUAACAUACAACCGCCACAAAUUACAACUCGUUUGCCUUGGACUCCCAAAGUGCGUCAAAAGGACAUUGACCAAUUUCUGGAUAUAUCACGAAACAAAUUCAUUGGUUACUCUUUGAUAGACGAUCACGAAAGCUUGGCGGGUUUACCGCAGCCAAUACACGAAGGCGUUGAAACUUUAAGGCGUCACAUGUAUGUAAGUCUAGCUGAUAUUCAAAUUAAAAAGGAAGAAGAAAUUGCUCGAAAUCCCAUUUCAACGCAAGAGGACGAAAUUCCAGCGACUUCGGCUGAGAUACUAUAUCAAGCUGUUCUUCCCAACUUACCGCAGUAUAUGAUUGCGUUGUUGAAAGUAUUAUUGGCAGCUUCGCCCACUUCAAAAUCAAAAACGGAAAGCAUUAACAUAAUGGCUGAUGUGUUACCAAAGAAAAUGCCUCUCACCGCAACGCAGUCAACUAAGUUAACUGUUGACAUGGGUCGACAUAAAGAGGUCAUUGUUAAGGCUGUCUCCGCAAUUAUUUUGCUUUAUUUAAAACAUUUCAAACUGAACCACGUAUACCAAUUUGAAUUUAUGUCUCAGCAUUUAGUCUUCGCUAAUUGCAUACCUUUGGUAUUAAAAUUUUUUAACCAAAAUAUUACCGAAUACGUUAGCAUGAAGAACACCAUUCCACUUUUGGACUUUCCUUCAUGCGUAAUCGGUGAACAGCCCGACAUAAGUGGCGAAAGUUACGUGUACAGCGGGGAAGUGACUGAUAAACCUUAUUCGUGGCGAAAUGUUUUUUCGUGCAUUAAUCUCUUGCGCAUUUUAAAUAAACUCAUCAAGUGGAAGCAUUCGCGCGUCAUGAUGCUGGUAGUUUUUAAGUCGGCACCCAUCUUGAAGAAAACUCUUAAAGUGCGUCACGCCAUGAUGCAACUGUAUGUAUUAAAGUUGCUUAAAAUGCAAACGAAAUAUCUGGGAAGGCAGUGGCGUAAGUCAAACAUGAAAACUAUGAGUGCUAUUUAUGCGAAAGUGCGUCAUCGUUUGAAUGACGAUUGGGCAUUUGGUAACGAUCUAGAAUCGCGGCCAUGGGACUUUCAGGCCGAGGAAUGCACGUUGCGAGCUUGCGUUGAUCGUUUUAAUCUUCGCAGAUAUCCAGAAGCUACGCAAAAAUGCGGCUCGGGUGGCAACAACACAAAUUCAGCCGGUAAUGCAGAUAACAGCACUGGAGUUAAUAUGGGCGGAAAUGUUGAUGGUAACGGUACAGCUAGUUUUGGAACAGGAAAUGCGAAUCCGGGCUCAGGUGGUGCCGGCCAAUUACACGAAUACGGGAUUGAAGGUGGCUUUCCAAGCGACGAGAUACUGACGCACUCCGAUUUCGCUUUUUUCGGUCACUCAGGCUGGUGGGAUCGAAAAAUCGAGCUAACGGAUUAUUUUAAGGCAAAUUAUUCGAUUUGGUUGGAGGAGGAAGUCUACAAAAAUCAAACUAACUGGGAUGCUCUAUAAAUUUAAAUUGUUUUCGAUAUAUAUUUUUUAAAAAAACGUCACAGUCUUAAUUGGUCCUUUGAAAAUCGCAAAAACAAAAAGGUUCAUUUUUAUAGUAAUAAGCUCGACGCAAUUUUUAUUAAUGGAUUAACAGAGUCAAUAAUUAUCGAGAUCGGAAUAAAAGCACAUGUCUUUUUUUUUUUCUUUUUUUUUAAUUUUUAUUAUUUAUUUUUACUCCUAGGAAUGUAAUAUUUAUCUUUUUGGCAUCUCCAAUGUCUCAAGUUUUGUAGUCAAAUACACUCAUAAUUCGCCUUCAUGUGAGUGUUUGUAAGAGUGUGUAUGUGUAUUGAAAUAGUAAUAUAAUCCAUAAAUUGUGUAUUUUAUAAAUUAUAAAACGAAAAUUCAAGAUAAUAAACGUGAAGAUGUUCAUCACGAUAAUAUACAUACCACGUAUGUUUAUUUGUUUAUUUAUUCAUUCAUUUCUCCUUUAAGGUUUUUACAAUUCUGUCUAUAUGGCAAAUUAAUGUCCAAAUCCAAUACAUUCUUAAAAUUUGCUCGCAAAUACAUU